AAGAAUCCAACCUCAGGACCAGAAAGUAGAGCCAAGAAUUGAGAACGAUAGUUAUCUAGUCCAUCAAAGCAGGGAUUUAGGCCCAAAGAGCCAAGAACUGAAAGGUGGUCCUCCAACUAGGCCAGCUGGGGCGGAGCCUCAGGCGAGGGGUCGGGGUGGGGGAUGCGACCGAGUCUCUGUGGGCAGAGCCGAGCCGGGAAGGUGACGUCAGCAUCGGGGAGCCGCAGGGUUCGCGUGCCGCCCUCAUUGGGCCGCAUUGCCGUAGUGGUGGACCAGGGCUCAGGCUUCACCAAGGCGGGCUUCGCGGGCGAGCAUCAGCCACGCCUGGUGCUAAAGAGCUCCAGCCUGGUGCCCAGCUGGGACCGGCCCGUGCUGCCCGGGGCGCCGGGCUGCGAGCUGGCGGGCGGUGUGGCACGGGCCCACCCCAUCAAGCACGGCGUGGUGGUCGACUGGGAGGCGCUGGAGGGUCUGUGGGAGCGCCUGCUAGUCGGCGGCCUGCAGGUAUACCCGGAGCGGUGGCCGGUGCUGGUGAGCGACUCACCGUCGGCACCACCCUCUAACCGCGAGAGGGUGGCCGAGCUACUGUUCGAGGCCCUGGCAGUGCCUGCGUGCCACAUGGCCAGCACUGCGUUGUUGGCGCUCUGCUCCACUGGCACUUUCAGCGGGCUGGCGGUGGAGGCGGGCGCGGGUGUGUGCCACGCCACACCCAUCUACGCGGGCCACUCGUGGCACAAGGCCACCUUCCGGCUGGACGUGGCAGGAACCACCCUGUCGCGCUACCUGCGGGACCUGCUGGUGGCAGCAUGCCCCAAUCUACUGCAGCAGAGUCUGCCCCGAAAGGCCAUCACACAGCUCAAGAAGCACUGCUGCUAUGUGUCGCUGGACUUUGAAGGUGACCUCCAUAACCCUGCCCGCCACCAUCCGGCUAGUUUCUGCUUACGCAAUGGGUGUUCCGUCUGCCUCAGCAGUGAGCGCUUCCGCUGCCCGGAACCCAUCUUCCAGCCUGGUCUUCUAGGCCAGGCUGAGCCAGGACUGCCCACACUGGCCUUCCAGGCACUGCAGAGGGUGCCAGCACCACUGCGGAGGCGGCUGGCUGACACCGUAGUGCUGGCUGGUGGCUCCACACUUUUCCCUGGCUUCACUGAGCGCUUGGAGAUGGAGCUGGAAGCCCAGUGCCUGCGACACGGCUACGGGGCACUGAAGCCACACCUGGUGGCCAAGCCUGGGCGUGGCACAGCUGUGUGGACAGGUGGCUCCAUGGUAGCUUCAUUGCGCUCCUUCCAGUGUCACUGGAUGACCCGGACCAUGUACCAGGAGUGUGGCUCCAGGCUGGUACACGAAGUGUUCAACUGAGUCAUAUUGGAUUGAAGGGGGUGGUGCCACUGGCUGCGAGCACUGUUUAUGCUUGUGCGCACACAUGUCCAGUGGCAGAGGCUUGGUGGCCUGAGCUGAAGCUCUAUCAGAAGCACCAAGUGCCAGAUAAAGUCUCAAGUGAUUGGAGCUGGCAAAGUCAUGGUGUGGUUAUGGGUCACGCCCUACCCCUUUCUGGGCCAGGAGGAGGUAGUCCAGACCCCUAGGGACCUUACUUGGACCUGCAGUUUGAAUUCCCCCUAACCAGUGCCAGCUCAGAGAAUGCCAGUCCAGCUGUCCAUACCCAGGCCUUGUUUCCAUGGCAAUAAGGAAGAUGAUGCCCACACUUGCAUAUAGGCAGCAGAUACAGAAGUCACCAUAACAUGCCAACCCCUCAUCAUGUGCCAUUUGGAUUCUCAUCCCAUGCCAGGCCCCAAUGGGUAACCCUUUCAAAAGCUACUAAAAUCCAUGUGAAAGCAACCAGAGGGAAAGCACUGUCAUCAGCUGAUCAUGGACUCGCUGAGGCCCUCAGUUUCCCUUUCUGUUAAAAGUGAGUUCAGGCACUCCCAGGCUUGCUCACUGCUCCCUCCCAGCCCCCUUAUUAAGGACCAUGGGACAAAGGGAGGUGGAGACAUUUCUUAAAAGAAACACACAAAGAGAUGGGUGGCUUAUGGGUUUUUUGAAGUCACCACACAAGGGCCUGGAGCCCUGGCUGUGAGCACUGUUUAUGCUUGUGCACACAUGUCCACGUGUGCUCAAAAACGCGUGGAUGCAACGUGCCCAUUUAUUCCCGCACAUCCUCAGGACAGGCUCCACUCCACCAGGCUCUGCACCCCAGCACGGGCCUGUGGACACAUGUUAACAUGCCCCACCCCCAGCUCAUCCUUGCUGGGUCCUGGGCUUGAUACUCCAUAAUAGUUAGGUCUAGCCAAUAAUAAAAACAGUAGCAGCAUCAGCUCCAGGUAUUAAGCGCCUAUUGCGUGCCAGGCAUAGUUCUGGGUGCUAAAGAUGGAGAAUAAGACAGACAAAAAUCGCUGCCUUCAUUCUUAAUUAUCACAAUGUAUGGAGGCAGGAUCUAUUUUUAUUCCCAGUUUACAGAUGAAGAAACUGAGGUCCAGAGAAGUAAAAGUGCACAGAAAGUGGGAAAGACAGGAUUUGAACUCAGGCCUCUAGCGCCACAGCCCCAAGCCAUGAUAGUGGAGGCUCUGCCAGCACAGCAAACACCCCCUGCCCUCAUUCUGGGCCCCACCAUCAGCUUCU